GCGGGCAGUAGGGACGUGUCUUUCCAGGUAUGAGCUAACUGUCUGGAAGUCACGAAGUUUCAGAGAAAACGUUAGACGAAGAAUAGCUAGAAAGUUUACCGAUUCCCAUACAAUUAUGUUGUAAAAUACUCAUAACUUGUUUAACGGUAUGCGGAAAGCUGAAGUUCAACUUGGAACUUGUACUUUGGAGCCCCUACCAGAGAUCGGGCAGUUAUAAAUAAAGAGAUCGUACAGGAUCAGGCAUUCUCACGCCUGGCUGACACCGUUACUAUGUGGGUACUCGUCGCCUCUCUCAUAUUAGGCCUUCAGACUGUGUCUGGCCAGAGCACUAUAAGAUGGUGCGUAAUCUCCGCUCAAGARAUGACCAAAUGUAACGCCAUGGCGCAGGCCUUCAACAGUGUGGCCAUCCGUCCGACUAUCCAAUGCGUCAGCGACGCGUCUGUGGAAGGAUGCGCGCAGAAAAUCGGGAAAAACCAAGUAGAUGCCUUUUCAAUGAGCGCUAAGAAUAUCUACACAUUUGGGGAAGAAACUAACUUCAAAAUAGCUGCAGGAGAGACUUCUGCUGAUGGAGAGGGCACCACCUACUAUGCGGUUGCCGUGGUGAAGAAGAGGAACCCGGACAUCAACAUCAACACACUGAAGGGCAGGAAGACGUGUCACACAGGGAAGGGACGUACUGCCGGCUGGAACAUGCCCCUGGGAUACCUCAUCGACCAGAGCAAGAUGUCUGUCAUGGGCUGUAACAUCCCACAGGGCGUGUCAGAUUUCUUUAAUGCCAGCUGUAUCCCUGGGUCACUGGGAGACCCUCCCUCCCUUUGCCAGCUGUGUAAAGGCAACAACGAUGGACAGUUCGUAUGUGACAACAGUGACAAGGAGAGAUACUACGCUUACAACGGGGCCUUCAGGUGUUUGGCUGAAGAUGCAGGAGAGGUGGCAUUUAUAAAGCACACCACAGUUAUGGAGAACACAGACGGAAACGGUGACCCUGCCUGGACCACUGGGCUGAAGUCUUCAGACUACGAGCUGUUGUGUAGAGACGGGACCAGGGCCCCUGUGAGCGAACACCGCCGGUGCCACCUGGUCAGGGUGCCAGCCAGGGGCAUCGUGGUUAGAUCUGACAUCAGUGGCACUGUGGUCUAUAACAUGCUGACAGAGGGACUGACGAAGUCAGGUUUCCCCAUCUUUCAGUCGGGCGAGUUAGGCAGCAAUUUGUUGUUCAGCGAUUCGUCCACAAAGUUCCUGCGGCCGGAGUAUGAUGAUCCUAAGGCGUGGAUGGGCUCCAUCUACUACAGCACUCUCAAAGCCAUGGACUGCGUCCCAGCGGAUAUUCCCAGUCCCUGCGUUGGUGUGUGUUGUCCAGCGAUGAGCAGCCAGAAGUGUGCAGACAUGGCAGGCCUUCAGUGCCAGUCUCUGAUCCCAGUAUCCAGUGUGGCAGAUGCCAUCACCUGGACGGAGGUUACAUCUACACAGCAGGAAAAGAUACGGCCUGGUGCCUGCUGCUGGGGAGAGCUACACAGGGGAAGGGAUGGCAGUAUCUACUAUGCUGUGGCAGUGGUGAAGAAGUCCAACAGUGACAUCACCACGCUGGAGAACCUGAGGGGGAAGAGCUCGUGUCACACUGGCUAUGGCCGUACGGCUGGCUGGAACAUCCCCAUGGGUCUGCUCAUAGAAGGUCUCAUCAGACCUGCUCAGUGUCAGAUACCACAAGAUAUUCCCAGUCCCUGCGUUGGUGUGUUGUCCAGCGAUGAGCAGCAGAAGUGUGCAGACAUGGCCGAGGCCUUCAGUGCCAAGUCUCUGGUCCCAGUAUCAGUGUGUGAUGGGAUCUUCACCGCUGGAGGUUUCUUUAAGAACAGCUGUGUCCCUGGUGCCAAUCAGCCUGGUUUCCCUGGCAACCUGUGUGACCUGUGUGUGGGAGACAGCAAAGGGCAGAACAAGUGUGAGAAAGGCAAGGACCUGUAUGAUGGAUACGAUGGAGCGUUCAGUAUCUCUGUGUGUAUAUCUCUCUGUCCUCUAGGUAAUUCAGGUGAGUCGUGGGCCAUUGACCUGCAGUCUAAGGAUUUCCAGCUGCUGUGUCCCCAUGGCUCCAGGGCAGAGGUCACCCAGUACGCCCACUGUAACCUGGCCCGCGUCCCCUCCCACGCCGUUAUGGUACGGCCCGACACCAACAUCUACGCCCUCUAUGGCCUGCUGGACAAAGCACAGGAGUACUAUAGUAGUGACACAGGUUCAACGUUCAAGAUGUUUGACUCCUCUAAGUACCAGGGCUCUGACCUCAUCUUCAAAGACUCCACUGUCAGCAUGAUCGGAGUGGCCGAGAGGAAGACCUAUGACAAGUGGCUGGGACAGGGCUACAUGGACUCACUUACCAACAUGGAGUGCAACUCCUCUGCUAAAGUACUGUCUUCCCUGCUCCUGGUGGCUCUGAUGAGCUCCAUCUUCCUCUGGGUGUAA